AUGUCACGACACGCGCAAGUCGAGGAGGUCUACGACUCAGAUCCAGAGGAGAUCGCCCCCUCCGACCCCUCAGCCUCCAUCCUUUCCCCUGCUGCAAUGCCUCCUCCCGGUGCUUCGAAUAUCCCGAUGAGACCACCAGCUCCUGAGCCUCGCCGAGAGAUUCCAAAGCAUUUUCAAUGUUUAUACCCAGUCUACUUCGAUAAGACUCGUUCCCGAGCCGAAGGCCGCAAGGUCGGAACAGAGCUUGCCAUUGAGAAUCCGUUGGCUCGGGAUAUUGUCGAUGCUGUGCAAAUGCUGGGUCUUAAUGUUGGCUUUGAGCCGGAAAAGUUACACCCGAAGGACUGGGCGAAUCCGGGACGGGUACGGGUUAUGUUGAAGGACGAGGAUGGCAACCUAGUCAAUCCUAAGAUCAAGAACAAGCAUCAUCUCUACAUCCUUGUUGCGCAGUAUCUCAAAGCUCACCCAACGAACGAAGAAUCGCCCUACCGUCUGAGAAUCAAAGGCCUUCCGAUGCCUGAAAAGCUUCCUGGUGCUCCUCCGGCUCCCCGAGGCUGGAAGAUUGGAAAGAUCCUCCCGAUCCAUUCCCCCGCUUACAGUGGUGGAGGUGUUAGCGAUAAUCCUCUCAAAGAUGCCAUGGCAGAGAUGCAGAGCAUGGGAGGAAUGCCUGGAAUGCCUCAGAUCCCUGGUAUGCCCAAUCUUGCUGGCAUGAUGGGCGAACCGUCUGCGAGUGGUAGCGAAAAGAAGAAGAAGGAAAAGAAGAAGGGCAAGGCCUGA